ACCAGCCUGCCGUGUUUCUUUUGGCAUCUCGGUCCGCAAGUUCGACCCUCGACUUCCGUUCUCUUCUAUCUCAAUCUUACUUAAAGAAAAAGAUUAAAAUAGAAAAUAAAAAGAAUCAAAUUUGCCCUAGAAUUCUCAAACCCUAGCUCUCCAAUCUCAAGCGACUUGGGGGUUGGGAACUGAUGGCACUCAUUUCCCAGUUACAACCCUACCAAUCUAAUUAUUUGCAGUUGGAAUGCAAUUCUAUUGUAAGAGAGAGCUCCAAGGGUUUCCCUUCUUCCUCCUCUUUGCUGGGUUUGAAUGUGGAGAGAAGGCCGAGGAGCUUAGGGCAAAGGAUGGUGGUUUCGGCGAGCCCGCCGACGGAGGAUGCGGUGGUGAUGACGCAGCCUUUGACAAAGCAGGAUCUUGUUGCGUAUUUGGCUUCUGGGUGCAAGACCAAGGAGAAAUGGAGGAUAGGUACCGAACAUGAAAAAUUCGGUUUCGAAUUUGGAACCUUGCGGCCUAUGAAAUAUGAGCAGAUUGCAGAUUUGCUCAAUGGUCUUGCUGAGCGAUUUGACUGGGAGAAAAUACUAGAAGGAGAUUAUGUCAUUGGACUCAAGCAGGGAAAGCAAAGCAUUUCAUUGGAACCUGGUGGCCAAUUUGAGCUUAGUGGAGCACCCUUGGAAACGCUGCAUCAGACCUGUGCUGAGGUUAAUUCACACCUUUAUCAGGUAAAAGCUGUGGCAGAGGAAAUGGGAAUUGGCUUCUUGGGAAUUGGUUUUCAGCCAAAAUGGGGGCUGAAGGAUAUCCCUAUAAUGCCGAAGGGAAGGUACGAGAUUAUGAGGAACUACAUGCCAAAAGUGGGUUCUAUGGGACUCGAUAUGAUGUUCCGAACUUGUACUGUUCAGGUUAAUCUAGACUUCAGUUCUGAAUUGGACAUGAUUAGGAAAUUCCGUGCUGGUCUUGCUCUACAGCCUAUUGCGACUGCAAUAUUUGCAAAUUCACCUUUUACUGAAGGAAAACCAAAUGGCUAUCUUAGCAAGCGGAGUCACAUUUGGACCGAUACUGAUAACAACCGUGCUGGCAUGCUUCCUUUUGUGUUUGAUGAUUCAUUCGGGUUUGAACAAUAUGUGGAUUAUGCACUAGAUGUUCCUAUGUACUUUGUGUAUCGGAACAAGAGAUAUAUUGAUUGCACUGGACUGUCCUUUCGGGAUUUUUUGGCUGGAAAGCUUCCUCCUAUUCCUGGAGAGCUACCAACAUUAAAUGAUUGGGAAAAUCACCUGACAACAAUUUUUCCAGAGGUCAGGUUAAAAAGAUACUUGGAAAUGAGGGGUGCAGAUGGAGGUCCUUGGAGAAGACUCUGUGCUUUACCAGCUUUUUGGGUUGGCUUGUUGUAUGAUGAGGUAGCAUUACAAAAUGUUCUAGACAUGACUGCUGACUGGACAAAAGAAGAAAGGGAGAUGUUGAGGAGAAAGGUACCAGUGACUGGCUUAAAGACGCCAUUUCGGGAUGGCUUGUUAAGACAUGUUGCUGAAGAUGUUCUAAAGCUGGCUAAGGAUGGCUUGGAAAGAAGAGGUUACAAAGAAGCUGGAUUUCUGAGAGAAGUGGCUGAGGUGGUUAAGUCAGGAAUCACUCCGGCUGAGAAACUCUUAGAACUGUACCAUGGGAAAUGGGGAGGUAGCGUAGACCCAGUUUUUGAGGAGUUGCUAUACUAAGCUACAUAUGAUCAUUUGCCCUUCGGUUUGGGCGAGUACAAGGCGAAGUCCCCUUCAAUUUGGUUUGAUGGGAGCUAGAGUAUUGCGGUCUAUGUAUCUAAUAAGUACAAGCGCUUGUUAUAUACAUGUGUUGUAAUCUAUUAGAGAAGCCGUUCACCAUGUUAUAUUAUGAUGCGUUGUGAGUUGUAUGUUUUAAAGUUUGCCCUCGAGUCAGAGGACACCCCUCUAAUUCAAAUGGUAGUUCGCCGAAACUGGGGCAGUUGUAAUAGAUGAUUCUUGGAUAAUCAAAAUAACCGAGCCUUGUCUGGAUUUCCGA